AUGGCAUCACUACGCCGUUUCAGCCUCGUCUUCUACGUCCCACCCGCCAGCGCCUCCGCAUGCAAAGCCGCAAUUUUCAAAGCCGGCGCGGGCCGCUAUCCCGGUCCUGGCGGGUACACUGAGUGCGCGUGGCAGACGUCGGGGAUUGGACAGUUUAGGCCGGGAGAUGCGGCGAAUCCGGCUAUUGGCAAGGUUGGGGAGUUGGAGGAGACGCCGGAGGUUAGGGUUGAGACGUUGAUUGUUGGGGAGGAGACGGUGCGGAAGGCUGUUGCGGCGUUGAAAGAGUGA